AUGCACUUGGCUCCUUCUUGUUGGAACCAUCCACACCCACAAUCCCCGCCUCCCUUUCUCUCUCUCUCUCUCUUAUCUCAAAUCUACGUUACUGGAAACCAUUAAUUACCACUUCUGAUCAGCCCUCACAAGGUGGAGGUAGUGGAGGUGGUGGCCGGUGUUGUUCAUGGCGCUGCUGAUCUCCUCUAUAUAACAGUGAUUCAGGUGGUGUUGAGGUCGGUCGGCCCCAAGAUCUGAGCCUUGUUUCUUCUAUAUUUUUAAAAUUUAUUGUCUGCAGUAUCAACAAAAAAGAAUGUGUUGUCAAUUGUCUCUCCAUUGAGACAAGUGUUGGAAUUGGAGGAAUAGGUUGGUGGGUGUGCCACUCAAAAAGCUGAUCAAAGAAGAGAUGAGUUUGAGUCAUGCUAAGCCACUCUUCUCCUCGUCUUCUCAAUGUUCUCAUUACUCAUCUCUUUGAAUAAUAAUUCCUUGUUUGGCAAGUCUAGUGGUUUUGAAUGGUUUCACUCUUUGAUUAGAAGAGAAACAUUGGGAUGAGUAAAAUCAUAGAAAGAUAGUAUUAUUUGAGAUGUUCCAUGAAUGAUAUUCUCAUAUAGAAUUUUGAGAGAUCAAAAGCCAGGGUUUCAAUUUUAUCAAGGUUAAUGGAACUGAGCAAGGAAAUGGGAUUUCCACCCUCCUCAGGCUAUAACCCUCUGGCAUCCGCGGGAUCUGGAGGAGGAGGAGAUGAUCAUCAUAAUACUGAUAAUGGCACUACCGUCUUCAAACCACCUCAAAUCCCACACCAUCAUCCUCUUCUUCAACAACAACAAGAGCUGAAUCCGCAACAGCAGUCACUCAUCCAGGGAUGUGAUCCAGAUCCAGACCCAGACCCAGACCCAGUUCACGUCGCCGGCGUCCUUGCUGGUGCAACAAUUGCGUCCACUAUCGGCGGAUCGAACUCCAAGGCCUCCGUUAGGUAUAGAGAAUGCCUCAAGAACCACGCAGCCAACAUCGGCGGCAACGUCGUCGACGGCUGCGGGGAGUUCAUGCCCGAUGGAGAAGAAGGAACCCUAGAAGCUCUGAUGUGUGCAGCUUGUAACUGCCACCGGAACUUCCACCGGAAAGAGGUCGACGGCGAGACCAUCGGCAGGAGUGCACCUCACUUUCACCCACUCCCUCCAACUCUAGCAUCCCCGCCAUAUCUGCACCGCCAAAAAUUCCCAAAGGCCUUUCACGCACCCCCUUCAACAAUCAUCAUCCCUCCCAUGUCCAUGGCUUUUGGGACGAGCAUCGGCGCCACCGAGUCUUCAAGCGAGGAUCUCAGAGCCUUCGACUCCAAUGCCGGGGGAGCGCCACCUCCUCCUCCUCCCCCGUCUCUGUCAAAGAAGCGGUUUAGGACGAAAUUCACUCAGGAGCAGAAAGAGAAGAUGCUGGAGUACGCAGAGAAGGUGGGGUGGAGAAUGCAAAAGCAGUACGAAGAAGAAGUUCAACAGCUUUGUGCCGAGGUUGGUGUAAAGAGACAGGUCUUCAAGGUUUGGAUGCACAACAACAAGAACACCCUAAAGAAACAGCCACAGCCGCAGCAGCAAACCCCGCCAUUGUAACCAGGAAUUAAAUUGUACACUGUAGAUGGGUAUCAGAAGGAGAAGAGAAUGUAUAAAGAGAAAUGAGGAUCAUUUGCAAAUCCCUUGGCAUCUAUAUAAAUCCCAGCUCUCAUGCACCUUCAAUUCACACAAAGGUAUCAUCAUCUCAUCUCUUCUCUAGAAUUCUCAAUUUGUUGGAUCUGAGCAUCUGCAUUCUCUGAAUUGAUUUUGUUUAAGGUUAUAUAUAUAUACUACUUAGUCAA